GAAAGCGUGUUCGCAAUGACCCCAAAAUUGCAGACCAACGUGCCCGUGCCGUCGAAAGAGUUCGUCACCCAGAACUCAUUUCAUCCUCAUAUCGCUCUUUCGCUCCCAUCACCGUGUUCGGACUUCUCGAACAAAACUUGCUAGUCUCAUUGCAGCCUGAAGAUUGCUCUCCUACAACUUCGCGCCUGACAUGAAUUAGGAACACUAUUGCAGGACAUCUCAAACAUGGCUGCGCCAUCCGAGGAAUUCUCGGUGAAUGCGAAUGAAGCUGUUCGUGUCUCCCUCGUUCAGCCCGGCCCCAAUAACAAACUCCUAACCCGCCACGAAUUUCAUCCCAAAUUCACCUAUCCCAUCGUUGGAGAGGCAGAGCAGAUCUUCGGUUACAAGGGACUGGACGUCGAGAUCCAGUUUGCAGCUCACAAUUUGCGACCGCAUAUCAAUAUCUCAUACCAAAAGAAGUUCAGUACCAUCGGAACCACGAGCGCGCUCGAUCUGAAUAAGACCUUCAGCAACUUUCUACCUCCCACAGCAUUUCAACAAGGUUUCGAGUCAGAAUUACUGAACGACCCGAAAGCGGCAGAAUGGAAACCCCCGGGCGUGUGCGUAAAGAAGUACACAAGAGGUGGUGAGAACUAUGAGGUGUGGGCUGGCUCGCUACUAGACUUGCCGAUGAGAACCCUGGUUGACAAUAUCCAAAUAUUCAUUGUCUUCUUUAUCGAAGGUGGACAGUUCAUCAAUCUGGAAGAUGUCGACUGGACAUUGGACCGAUGGAGGGUCUAUCUCACAUACCAAAAGGCCUCACAGCCCCCGGCGCCCAACGCGUCUCCAUAUUCGAUUGUUGGCUAUGCAACGACCUAUCGCUUCUACAAGUUUCAGAAACCUUCGAAGGACCACGCUCUGUUCUCAUUUCCGUCUUCGGAAACUAUUACACCGAAUACACUCCCGUCACGACUUCGAAUAUCGCAAUUCUUGAUCACACCACCUUUUCAAAGCUCGGGCCAUGGUUCGGCUCUUUACCAGGCAAUAUACGAUGAGGUUAUGGCCGAUCCGACGGUGUUGGAACUAACAGUUGAGGAUCCGAGCGAGGAAUUCGACAAAUUACGUGACAUGAAUGACUUCGACAUUCUAGAACCACAGUUCAAAGCAAUCAAUCUCAAGAUAGACACGUCGCCUUUUGCCAGUAUGGAACGGGGACGUUUGAAACGCAUACCCACUGCGAAACUGCUCCCCCUUGAUGAGCUUCAAGCGAUCCGGUCCAAGAACAAGAUCGCAGGGCGUCAGUUUGCCAGGAUGGUGGAAAUGUAUCUUCUGGCCCAGAUCCCAUAUUCGCGUCGUUCGGCUGGUGGAGCGUCCCUUACCAGCCUUAUGGUUAGGGGUGCCAAAGCUCCCAAUCCAGACGACCGCGCCUAUUAUUGGUGGCGACUGUUACUGAAACAGCGUAUCAUCAAGAAGAAUAAGGAUUUGCUCAGUCAGAUCCCGUUCGAAGAGCGACUGCCUCAAAUUGAGGAUAGUGCUCGUGCACAGGAGGAUGAAUAUGAAGGCCUCAUCUUGUCGUAUGCGCUGCGAAAAGAGAAAGAAGCAGAUCAGCAUGGAAACGGAGAGUCAUCCAGCGUCGUGCGCAAAAGAAGGGUUGUUGAGGAUGAUGAGGAUGAGGAGUCGUCGAACAGUGAAGCCUCCAGGCCUAAGAGGCCAAAAGUUUAAGGCCAUUCUCUCGCCAUUCUCUGCGCUUGUUGAUUGCGCUCAUUCGAACAGUUCAUACGGUUCAUGGUUGCCGUUUUCAGAAACCGCCGCCGUGUUUCAACAGCGACCUUUCGUCCGUAUUCGGUGGCGGGAUCCGAGUCCGAGGCUUCUGGGCCAGAGUUGGAGGAUUAGGAUAACCAUCGCAUGGCUUCACAGAGCGCCUUGUCCGUGGCUGGUAGAUUUCAAGUAGCGAGAGCUCGAUGAUAACAGACGAAUUGAAGACGUUCUUCCGCCUCUUCAUCGGCGAUGACAUGUUCGUCUUCACCC